CAAAAAGAAUGAGUGAGGAAAUGCUUUACGUAUCUAUGGGAGGACGGAAUUCUUCUCAGCAAUACCAGAAGGAAGAUACAGUUUACGCAAGCAUGAAGUUCAGACCUUGUUCCAAGGAGCAGAGCUGCCAAGAGUUGGAAAAUUCCAGGGACAGAGCUAUCGUCCAAACCAGCCCUUUGAACACAUACUUUCUUCAGCUUCUCAAUAAUGGAACAGAAUUCCUAAGAAAAACUCACUUGAUUGUUGCAGUCGUGAUUCUUUUGAUCCUCUGCCUUAUUUGCCUGAUAACAACCGUGGCUCUAAGAGUCAGGGUUCAGCAACAGCAGAAGGAUCUGGAAAUCCUGAUCAAAGUGAGAGAUCAUCUUCAAUUUGAGAUUAGCAACCUUGCCAAAGCACUGAAGAGCACAGGAAACUGGACUUGCAUCGAAGAGAAUUGCUAUCAUUUUUCUGCUAUAAAAAAAACCUGGCCAAACUGUAUGAUAUACUGCCGUGAACUGGGUUACAGUAUGCUGAAGAUAGACAGCAAGGAUGAACUGGUGGCUAUGGAAUCCAAAGCCAAUCACUUUCACUGGAUUGGAUUAUCCUUUAAGGAAGGCACAUGGAAAUGGCAGGAUGGUUCACUUCUUUCUAAAGACAUAAACUUCAGUGUGACCAGUGGAGAUGGUCAUUGUGCAUUUUUAAGCCCAACAAGAAUCUCUGCAAUUAAAUGUUCUUCCACAUACUCCUGCAUGUGCGAGAAGAAUCCUCAUCCUACAAAGAUUGUUCACAAAAAUGAGCUCCAGACAAAGACAUGA